AACUUUCUCUAAUUUGCGUUUGGUUGUUGAAGAAAAAGAUGUUUGAAAGAAAGCGUAAAACAAAAAUUAAUUAGCUUCUUAGCAACGCCACGCCUAAUUUUUCUUGUGAGAAGAAGAUAAAGAUUUUUAAAGAACUUUGAUUAUAGAAGACGGUUAUUCAAAAAAUGGAAAGCGUUUUUAAAUCGUUUUGUGCAUUUGGAUCAAGAAAAGAUGAAACUGUUGAUCUUAUGGAUAACGCUAAAUUUUCAAAACUUGCCAGAGAUUUGAAAAUUUUGGAUAAAAAACUUACUAGUACGGAUGUUGAUAUUAUUUUUAACAAAGUUAAAAGUAAAACAGAAAGAAAAAUAACUUAUCAUCAGUUUGAAGAUGGAGUAAAGUUAAUGGCAGAAAAGAAAUAUCCUGGUGAUGCAGAAGGAUACAAUAAGCUAAAGGAUCUCAUAAACUCAGGAAGUGGACCAACAGCAUCUGGUGUUACGAAAACUGCAAAGUCUGAUACCGUGGAGCGUCUUACGGACACUUCUAAAUAUACAGGAAGUCACAAAGAAAGAUUUGACGAAUCUGGCAAAGGUAAAGGUUUAGAUGGCCGACGCGAAUUUGAUGAAAAAGCUAGUGCAGGUUAUGUUGGAGGUUAUAAAGAAAUGAACACCUAUGAUCAAAAUCAUAAAUAGAUACCAGUAACUUUGUUUUGUAAUAAAUUUAAAUUUUAAAUUUUAUUUAAAAUAUAUCAUCACUAAAAUUUAAA